AAGAAGAAGAAGAAGAAGAAGGGGAAAAAGACGGUUGCGUUUGAAGGACUGGUGCUGCUAAUGUACCUAUUAAACGCUCCUAAAAGUAGAUGAUGUGGGGUCUAAACGAUCGGUAAAGGUCUAUGGAAGAAACAGCAGCUAAUUAAAACCCCAUCAACCAGAGAUCGUCGGGCUGGUCUGAAGGUUUGCUGCUGGAUUGUGUUUUUCCCACGUGGGCCUUGCACUUCCGCCUCCAGGUCCAACUGUCUGACCUCUGCACCAUCACUUUACCUGGCCCAUGGACUUGACUUCAGCACCAGGCUUCAAAAGGAGGGCUGCUGCCUCAUCUUCCCCACGUGAAGUCGGAGAGAUUACCAGGAGCCCUCCUCCCCGCUCUCCCUCCUUAUCUCUUUCUUCUCCUUCAUCUGAACCAUCGUCACCCUUGUCGACAUCCUCCUCUGUCUGCGCCAGCUCCUCAGUUUAUCAGAACCAUGUAAAAGGUCAGACCCAGCAGACAGAGGUGUCCUCCACGUCUGUCUCUCGAGCAGCACAAUCCCUCUCCACUGCUAAACCCAACACCAUCUGCAUGGAUUUCUGCUUUCACACUUUGGUACAGCCAAGUCAAGAUUGUGAAGAAAAGGACAAGAAAGGGGAGAUGUAUGAUCCUUUCCACCCAACUGAGGGAGACAAGGAGGUAAGGAUGAAGGGGGAGGGUGGAGAAGGGGAGAAAUAUGACCCCUUUGACCCCACUGGUUCCCCUCCAUCAGACACAUAUGGGAGUGACAAAGUAGGGGGAGGGGAGAACGUGGACGAGAGAGGAGAUGAGAAGGAGAAAGAGGAAGAAUACCCAGAUUCCACUGACACUUUGACUGAUCUGCUUAGCCCCUGUCUGGUCACCCAGCCCCCUUUGGGGAGUAAAGUGAACUGUGGUACUAUCAAGCAUGGAGAGCAGAGGCAGAGUGCUGACUCUGACCACUCGGAGAUAGAAGAGGGGGAGAUAGUUGGGGCUGCGGAAAGAAAUAAAAUCAGCAAGAGAGCAGAAAGAGAAAUUCUCUCUUUGAAUUCUCCCACCGUGUCCUUUUUUGGUCCAAAGCCAGAGCGAAUCCUCCGGGUGCUGGAUGGGGAAGGCUUUGUGUCUUUGUGUGCAGAGGGCAGCUGGGAGGUGGACAGGGAAACUGAGGAAGAGCCUGUGGUGGGGGUGGAGGACCUUAGAAGGAAGUUGGUCAGUAGGCGGAAGGAAAGAUAUUUGUCCCUUCCCACUUCUUCCCCCCUUUCUCCUCAGCCACCACCACCACCUUCCUCCCAUCCGCCAGCUUCUACAUCGUCUCCACCUCUCACACCUUCUGUAGAGCAAGAUAGCAAGAAGCACAAGGCCUCCAAAAGUUCCAAGGACAAAGAAGGACAAAAAAGCAAGGAUAGGAAGGCUGGAGAGAAGGAGGAGAGACGAAAGAAAAAAAGGAAGGAAAAAUUGGAAGGGGAGGAGAGGAGCAAGGAAAAGGAGCAAGGGCACAAGACUGGAAAGGAGGUGAAGGGAAUGAGGAGCAGCAGCCAUAAGAAGAAGAAAAGACAGCACAACUGCCCAGAGACUUUACGAAGCUGCGACUUGGGCAGAGGGGGCAACAUAAGACACUCUUUUUCAAGCCUAUCUCAAGAAAGACAUCAAGAGAGGUUAAAAGAUAUAGAUAGAGAUAUGGACAGAAAUACAAAGCAAGGAAGAGGGAGGGAGAGGCAUAAAGAGAGGGAACAAAAUCGCACAAGUAGCCAUAGAAGAGAUGAAAGAGAUCGAGAUUCUAGCUCAAGAAAGGAGAGGGAAAGGAAGGGAAGACACAAUUUAAGUAGCAGAGAGAGAUGCAUUUCAAAGAGGUCCGUAAGAAGCAGGGAAAAGAAGGAAGGUGAAAGAGAUAGACAGCGUGAGAGGGACUGGCGGCGGGAUGGUCGUCCUGUUGUCCCGCCAUCUAUUCAAGACCUUAAUGGCUCUGACCUCUUUGCUAUCAAGAGAACCAUCACAGUCACCACCACCACAACCACCACCACCGUACCCGGCUCUCCAAGACUUGCCCCAACCUCCCCCUGUUGGCCUAAACAAGACCCUGACAAGCCUCACAAGAGGAAAAAGAAGAGAAAAUGGCACUCGACUGGAGAGGUGGAGGACAGGGGAUGUUGUCGCAGCCGAUCACGGUCAUUCUCACCUCCAAAGUAUCGUAGCUUUGAGUCAGACCAAUAUUCAGAAAAAUUUGAGAUUGACGUGUUGUCUUUGGAUGGCGAGGCUUUGGACUCAGACUACCCAUCUUUGGAGGAUACACCUCCUGCUGCCCUUGUGCCAGAACCACCUGUCCUCAGCCCCAAAACUAAGAUUACCUUAAAAACUGAACGACGUCAUCAGGGAAAGAAAUCUCGCACAUUAAAGAAAAUUGGUCAAUCUAAAUCCUCCUCUUCAAGUAGAAUCAAAAAUAAAUGCCUCUCCUCAAUGAUGGUCACUUCAGGCUCUCCCUCUGUCUCAUCUGGGCUUCCCUCAGCAAAGCAAGCCAAGAAAUUGGGAAAGGACAAAGAUCGAGACAGAUGCAGUAGAAAGGAUUUGGGCCGCUCUGGCAAGUCCAACAAAGAAAGUGGUGGCAGUCGGAAAGGGAAGCUUCAGUCCAAAGUUUCUGUGUUGGUGCGUGAGGGUGUAAGCAGCACCACAGGUACUUCAGUUGGCUCUGGAAAACUAGGCAUGGACCUUCUAGGGCCAGGAAGUACAGGUGGGGGUGCUGGGGGCUCUGUGGUGGGUGGCUCCAUUGCAGUAGUCUUCUGCAGGGACAAUGAGAGCAGAUCUCCAUUUCUCAAACCCUGCUCAGAAUUGCCAUCACUGGGUGGUCGCAGUAAAGAUCUGUCCAGUACGGGUAAGAGAAACAGCCUGGCUGUAACACCAUCGUCCUUAACUAGUUCUGCAGGGCUAAAAUCCAAGAAAACAAAACCCAGCUCCAUCACAUCCACUUCCUCCUCUUCUGCCUCCUCCCCCUCCUCAUCUCUUGUAACGAAGCACUGCCGUCGCCUGGCCAAGAAGACUAGAGAUAAAGGUGGAGCUGCAGUAUUAACUGCAGCUUGCAGCCAAGCAAAUACUACAGCUGAGGGCUGGGGCGGGGCGUCUUUAGAUGUUCAGUCUGCUGUUGGAAAUGGGAACAAGUCAGUCAGCCCACAUACUGACCAAGUUGGCCCUCCACCCUGUUCUUCCUCCUCUUCCUCCACCAGUGUGCUCCCACCCUCCUCUCCACAACAAACGCCUCCACUCUCUGUUGCUCCUAUGCAGGACACAGGGGGUUCUUCUCCAGACUCUCAGACUGUUGACAGCAGCUGUAAGACUCCAGACCCUAUUUUCCUAGCUGACAACUGUCCAACUCAGACCAGCCCCACACUACCAACGUCCAGUCCAACCAGUCUGUCUGCACCGCAGGGAGCUGGCCUCAGCAUCACCUUGUCUACACCCACAGCCAAACCGCCUCCUCUAGAUGAUGCUCCCAAAACUCUGGUCUCACCUUCUUGCUCAUCCUCUUCGGCAGGCUGUGGUCUCACUUCCCUUUCUCUGCCUCUGUCUUCAUCAGACCCCUCCUCUGUAUCCUCUUCAUCUGCAAAUAAGCCUCCUCUUCCUCCCCCUCCAGCAGCAACUGCCCUCCCCUGGAGUCUGCAGACUGGAGUGGACUGCACUACCGGAGGAGUCUUGGCAUUGACUGCUCUGCUCUUUAAAAUGGAGGAGGCCAAUAUCGCCAGUAGAGCCAAAGCACAAGAGUUCAUUCAAGCAACCAACCAGAUCCUCUCACAGGCCAAUCAGAGCCAAUCACAGCAGCAUGGUCCUCCCUCCUCUGCAGCUGCCUCCUCACAGAUUCCUCCCCCUCCCUCUGUUCCUCCGCCUCCUGAGCUGAGCCCAACCCAGUUCAUACUCCACAGCUCUCUUCCAUUGGUUGGCUGUUCCAAAACUCCACCCUCUCACCUACACCCCUCUAUAGGUGGUGGAUGUAUUCAGACUCCACCCUCAAUUAUGCCUUUGGGGUUGUCAGGAGUGAAUGUGACCUCUGGUGACAGUGGAUGGGACAAUGGGAGCAAAGACCCUGAUAAGUACCUGAAGAAACUGCAUACCCAGGAGAGGGCAGUGGAGGAGGUGAAGCUCGCCAUAAAACCUUACUAUCAGCGCAAAGACAUCAACAAGGACGAAUACAAAGACAUCCUAAGGAAAGCUGUGCAUAAGAUCUGCCACAGCCGCACAGGAGAAAUCAACCCGGUCAAAGUCAGCAACCUUGUAAAGCUAUACGUCCAGCGCUACAAAUAUUUUCGUAAACAUGGACGCAAAAUGGAUGAUGAAGAGAGGAUUGACAGGGAGCCUGGAGCACUGCAGUCCUCUGACUAUUAGCAGACUUUUAAAAAAAUGAUCCUCCACACCGCCUUCUGCUCAAGACCUGGGCCAUCCACUGAUGAUCCACUAUUUUUGUUGAUAUUUUUACUGCUUUUGUAGCCCACCUUGUUUAUGCUUUCAUGUGAUCUUCAACUGGGCAUACGCUGUGCGACUGUGCGUCGUCUGCCUUGCAGUGUACAAUGUCAGAAACUUUGGGUGGCUGUUGUCAGGCUCUGUUGGGUUUAUUCUUUGAUAUAAUUUCAGAGUACACUGAAAUACACUACAGACAUGAACUCCGGAUAAUGUCUGGACCUUUUCCGGAGUUUGCCUUUCAUAUAUGAAGAACAGAGUGAGAGAUUCCCCGGUCAGCCCUUUUCAUGGUCAACAGAAAAAUCUCUCUGGAGUGUUCAGGUAUGAGCCUGAUUUUUAUGCAAUUUCUUAAGUCACGCAUCUCAUUUUAGAGUCAGACCAGUUUUCAACUUUGUCGUGCAUUGUUUGCCUUACAGUGUACAGGGGGGUGCAGGACGCGAUCAAAUGCUCCUGUCACUUGUCGUAGUGACGGAUAGAUUUUUGACAUGUCCAAAACUAUAGUUGGCCGUCUUUAGCCUCUGUAGAAGCAAAGUAACGAGCCGGAUCAGAUUUUUCCUCACUGUGUCACAAAAUGGCCAAACACAAUUGUCAGAAAUGUAGAUUAUGGCUGGAAGCAAUUGCACAGCAAGAAAGAAAGUUGCACAGUGUAUGCCCAGCUUUGUGGAAAUCUCUUCCUUUAUGUCUGUGAUCUCGCUGUGGUCUUACUUGCAAGAUGUAAUAUGUUGAAGAAGUGGACACUGUCAUUUGCACCUUGUAGUAGUCCAAUACACCAACCCUGCAAUAAAAUACCACCUUUGUUAAGUGCAUAGAAUUUUUGACUGUCCAUUAGAAGCUUUAUAGUGGUGGUACUAAUCCCAGGGCUAUUAAUUUUUUAUUUUAUUUUUUUUAAAGCAGCAUUUCAUUAGGUGUUAAUGCUCGUUUGUCCUCCCCAUCCCAAUGUAUAUCAGAAUUCAAGCUGAGAGAAGAUCUAAUUCCCAGAUGCGCACAUAAAAAUAUAUUAUAUAUUGUACCUUAUUGUGUAACAGUACACCCGGCACACAUGCACAUACCCCACCCUAUCUCUGAGUCUCUGUGGACCGUAUGCAAGAGUUGGCCAAUUUAAUGAACUCACAGACACUUGACCUCUCAGUUUUUUGAUUAUGCUGUCUGUUGUGUGCAUGUGUUACUGAGGUUGCUCAAUCUCUUUAUGAAAUUACUUUACAGACAAAACAUAAAUGUUGCUUGAAAACCUGUUCAAAGUAGAGUGCUUUUCUUGAUUUGUUUGUUCUUAUGUGUCCAUUAUGUGUCCUCCAUCCAUUUUGAAAUAAAAUCCCUAGACCUGAUAAAUAGCCAA